AUGUGCACCCGUAUUCUGGGCGCAGGAGUGGUGCACCCAGAAUCUUCCUAUCGCUUGUAUUGGAAGGGGAGCUACUGCGCAUAUGGAAAAGAUGGAGGAGGAGCAGGAGGAGGAGAAGGAGGAGGAGGAGGAGGAGCAGAAGGAGGAGGAGGAGGAAAAAAAAAAACAGGCGGAGGGAAGAAAGGAGCAACGGAUUGGACGAAGAGACUAAAGGAGGGUGACUUCCCCUGGGAUGAGAAGGAUUUCCGAUACUUUGUGUUGACUGUGACCGGAGUCGUCCCGCUUCUACUCUACCUGUACUUCAGAGACAACAGCAGAGAGAUCACCUGGAAAGACUUUGUCCAACGCUACCUGGCCCAAGGCUGGGUGGAACGACUGGAGGUCGUCAACAAGCAGUUUGUCAGAGUUAACCUGGUGCCGGAAGCGGGAGUGGAAGCAGAAGCCAGUAUUGUCUGGUUCAACAUUGGCAGCGUGGAUACGUUUGAGAGGAAUCUCGAGGCUGCGUGCGUUGAGCAGAACCUGGAGCCAUCUCAGCAACCUGCCGUUGUCUACAGCUCUGAGAGCGACGGGUCCUUACUGAUGAAUGUAAUCCCCACCCUGCUGCUCAUUAGCUUCCUGAUCUUCUCGGUGCGGCGAGGCAUGACGGGAGGUGCUGCCAGCCGUUCACGAAACCCCUUCAGAAUGGGUGAGUCCACAGCCAAGAUAAUGGAGAACAUUGAGGUGAAGUUCAAGGACGUGGCCGGCUGUGAAGAGGCCAAGCUGGAGAUCCUGGAAUUUGUCAACUUCCUGAAGCACCCACAGCAGUACCAGGACCUCGGAGCUAAGAUCCCUAAGGGCGCGGUGCUGUCUGGACCUCCUGGAACAGGGAAGACGCUGCUGGCCAAAGCCACGGCAGGAGAGGCCAACGUUCCCUUUAUCACGGUGAAUGGCUCCGAGUUCCUGGAGAUGUUUGUGGGAGUGGGACCUGCCAGGGUGAGGGACAUGUUUACCAUGGCGAAGAAGAACGCGCCCUGCAUCCUGUUUAUCGAUGAGAUUGAUGCUGUGGGCAGAAAGAGGGGAGGGAGCAACUUUGGAGGUCAGAGCGAACAGGAGAACACCUUGAACCAGCUGCUGGUAGAGAUGGAUGGUUUUAACACGGCUACUAAUGUGGUGGUCCUGGCUGGAACCAACAGGCCCGACGUCUUGGAUCCAGCUUUGAUGAGACCCGGACGCUUUGACCGGCAGAUUUACAUCGGUCCUCCAGACAUCAAAGGCAGGGCUUCGAUUUUUAAAGUCCACCUUCGGCCGAUCAAACUGGAUUCCUCUAUGGACAAGGAAGCUCUGGCCAGGAAAAUGGCUGCUGCCACGCCCGGAUUCACUGGUGCUGACAUUGCAAACGUCUGCAACGAGGCGGCUCUGAUUGCUGCCAGACACCUGAGUCCUGCCGUCAACGCCAAGCACUUUGAGCAAGCAAUCGACCGGGUCAUCGGAGGUCUGGAAAAGAAGACUCGGGUCCUGCAGCCCACAGAAAAGAAGACCGUAGCGUACCACGAGGCUGGUCAUGCUGUUGUUGGUUGGUUCCUGCAACAUGCCGAUCCUCUGCUCAAGGUGUCGAUCAUCCCGCGGGGAAAGGGUCUGGGCUUCGCUCAGUACUUGCCCAGGGAGCAGUACCUCUACACCAAAGAGCAGCUGUUUGACAGAAUGUGCAUGAUGUUGGGAGGACGGGUGGCUGAGGAGGUGUUCUUCAGUCGCAUCACCACCGGAGCGCAAGAUGACCUGAAGAAGGUCACACAGUCUGCCUACGCUCAGGUGGUGCAGUUUGGAAUGAGUGACAAAGUGGGCCAGAUUUCGUUUGACCUGCCUCGACAGGGUGACGUGGUCAUGGAGAAGCCGUACAGCGAGGCGACGGCCGAGCUGAUCGACGAGGAGGUCCGAAGGCUGGUGGAGCAAGCGUAUGAGCGCACCCUGCAGCUCGUCAAAGACAAGAAGGACAUGGUGGAGAUGGUGGGAAAACGUCUGCUGGAGAAGGAAGUGCUGGACAAGGCUGACAUGGUGGAGAUCCUCGGCCAGCGGCCGUUCCUGGAGAAGUCGACGUACGAGGAGUUUGUGGAGGGAACGGGGAGCUUGGAGGAGGAUACCAGCCUCCCAGAAGGUCUUAAAGACUGGAACAAGGACAGAGAGGAGGCUGAGGAAACGAGUCCGACUCCAGAGAAAGUGUAGAGCCUGGAACACUCGGACAAAAGACCGAUUCAGAAAACGUUCCUGAAGCUGCACACGACGUUUUGAAGCCGAGCAAGCAGCAGCUGGUUGGAAUAUUCCUGAACUGAGUCAGAGUACACAUGAACUGUGGAAACACUGAUGCUUCUUUUUAUGUGUUUUAAUAAAGGAGUCCUCGCUGACGUCUGUCCUGAUAACACGGAGGGAAAGAUUCUCCUCAGAAUUUCUUCUGCUUCCAAUAUUUUUCUAAACGAACUGAUUCAGAUUCCUGAAGGAGAAACGUUCACCUGUUCUACUCAAGCGAAGAGCGUUCAGAUUGAUUUUUUUUUUAAUGUUUUGGUGCUGUAAAUUGCAGUCGUGUACAUUUUGUGUGAAGCAGCUGCUCCAAACCAAAACCUCAUUAAAGAUCUGCAUUUGU